UAAUACUGUGUGAUAGAUUUAACCCCCUCGACAAUAACAAAUAUAUGAAAAAAUAUAUAUAUACAUCUGAGUACAAGUAUAGUAGAGAGGAGUAAAGUUGUGGCCUUGACUAGUCUGCCCCCUGCUGGACUAAAGGUGCAUGCUCCUAUCUCCUGCCCCGCCUCCAACGUUGGAGAAGCUAACCGCAAAUCCUCCCCCGUCUCCCCGGCGACGAGAAGCCCUGCUGGGGUUGUAAUGACGUGGACUACCGUACUCGGUUGCUGGUUCCCAGGCGCGAGAAACGACUGUUACCAAGCGAGCAAGAACACUCUCAGGUGGCCUGGUUAGCGUUCCCCUUGAGUGAAGGCCAUGAGGAGGCGGUGACCCCGUGGAGGACCGAUCGACAGGAGCGGAGGGGAAGAAAGAAUGGGCCGGAGCAUCGGGGGCUGCUGGCAAGGCGUGGUCUCCACCGGGGUGCUCUACGGCUCUUUGGCCCUCUUCACCUCCGUCCUCCACAAUGUCUUCCUGCUCUACUACGUGGAGACCUUUGUGUCCGUCUACAAGAUUGACAAAGUCUCCUUUUGGGUUGGAGAGACGGUGUUCCUGCUGUGGAACAGUUUCAACGAUCCUCUCUUCGGUUGGCUGAGCGAUCGCGCCUUCCUCAGCUCUGCUCAGACCGGCUCCCAGGUCACGUCUCCAGAGGUGGUCCUGAAGCGUCUGAAGGCGCUAUCUGCCAAUGGACCGCUCUUGGCUCUUUCCUUCCUGGCCUUCUGGGUGGCGUGGGCCACGCCGGGCCUGCAGUUCCUGGUCUGCCUGUGCCUGUACGACGGCUUCCUCACCAUGGUGGACCUCCACCACAGCGCCCUGCUGGCCGACCUGGCCGUGUCCGCCGCCGACCGCACGCGCCUCAACUUCCACUGCUCGGUGUUCAGCGCCCUGGGAUCUCUCUCCGUCUUCCUGUCCUAUUCCUUCUGGGACAAGGAGGACUUUUACGCCUUCCGCCUCUUUUGCCUGUCUCUGGCCGCCUUCUCCAUCUUGGGAUUCUUCCUUGUCUCCCGGUUGCUACGGCAACGCUUUGAGAUGGACGUUCGUCCGAGACAGGACGAGGCGCUGGCGCUCAAAGAGCUGUCGGUUGGCCACGCCCCUCUCACCUGCCCAGAGCGCCCCCUCACCAUCAGGCAGUACCUCAAACAGCUCUCCAAGCACAAGAACUUCAUGUGGUUCGUGUCCAUGAACCUCAUUCAGGUGUUUCACUGCCACUUCAACAACAACUUCUUCCCCCUUUUCCUGGAACACCUCCUGUCGGACAACAUCUCCUCCUCCACGGGCUCCAUCCUCCUGGGGAUCUCCUACGUGGCCCCCCACCUCAACAAUUUGUACUUCCUGAGCCUGUGCCAGCGCCACGGCGUCUACCGGGUCAUCCGCUGGCUUUUUAUGCUCAAACUCGGACUGAGCGUGGCCAUGCUGCUGGCCGGGGCCGACCACGUCUUUCUGCUGUGCAUCUUCAUCGCCAGUAAUCGGGUUUUCACGGAGGGAACGUGCAAGCUGCUGAAGCUGGUCAUCUCCGACCUGGUGGACGAGGACUUUGUGGUGAACCGGCGGAAGCAGGCGGCAUCGGCACUGCUCUUCGGGAUGGUGGCCCUGGUGACCAAGCCCGGGCAGACGUUUGCCCCGCUCAUCGGCACAUGGCUGCUGUGCGCCUACACAGGCUAUGAUAUUUUCCUAAGGGAACCUGUCAAGGACACUCCGGGGCUGGAUGCGGCCCCGGGCUCAGGGACCCCGCCUCUGCGUCUGGGCUGCUUUCACAUGCUGGUGUUUGUUCCCAUCACCUGCGCCCUGCUGCAGCUGGCCGCCUGGUCCCGCUUCACGCUGCACGGACGCAAGCUGCAAGGCAUCAAGAGCUGCCGGCAGGGCGCCCAACACGGGGGCCUGGUGGACGUCAAGGCCGUAUGAAGCGGACGGAGAGACACUUUUAUAAACAUGAUUGAAGUCAUCGCGCAGCAGCUAGCUUUGUGGUCGGGGGCGUAGGAACCACAGCACAAUCUCAGGCUCUGUUGGGGAUAACUUCCAUUCAUAUUUUUAACAAAUAAAACCUGCCUUAUUUUUGAAUAGAGCAUCCACACAUAUUUAUACUGUCAUAGGACCGAUGAAGACGAUCACUCAUUUUGGAUGUAGGAAGACCAAGACGCGUUGGUCAUCAUGAACAUCAACAUGGUGUUAAUAUCAGGGGCCCGUAAAGCUUUUUAUUUAGUUUUUCCUUCAAGCGCGUGGAAGCUGAAGGUUUGAGUGUUUACACACAAUGUUGAAGAACUGUUUUUGCACAAAACUGCCAUUUUGUCUAAUGGAUUUCUUAUUGUGUUGACGGUGAAGUACUGCCACAUAUUCCUGCUAUUCUACCACAAAGGAGUGCCAUUACCAAAAAUAAAACUCAUACCAAAAACUA